UCGCUCGCCAGCGCGCCCGCCUGCCGGCCAGCCGGGCCAGGCGCCCGCUUCUCCCGGGGAGACCGCAACACCUUUUCUCCCCGCGCCCGCGCUUUCUCCAGCUUGGCUUCCACCGACUUUGCUAAUCGCCCGGACCGCAUCUGGACGCUCCGGCUCCGGGGCUGCACAAAGCUCAGGUUUCCUUCGGGGACUGGAGACGAGAGGGGCUUUGGGGGCCGAGUUCAGCCAAUUGCGGGAUGGAAGUUAGCGAAUUUGGGCAACUUGCCUCUUCUACCCAGCCGACCUUUACUCUCCCCCACACGCACGCCCACACACCCACGCACACCCACGCACACACCCCUCUCCCUAUAAAUGAGGGCCGCGGGGCCGGGCCGCGCACUGAGUCCCUGCCUCGCGGAGCGCCGGACUUGGAGUCAAACAGACCUCGCUGCGAAUCCCGGCUCCGCCACUUUCUAGCGCUGUGACCUUGGCACAAAAGCUCCAGCUGACAGUAUCAUCUCCCACCAGUUUAUCCAACUUCUGCCAAGGCUCUGAAAUGCCAACUAUGUCAAGGCCUGCACUCGACGUCAAGGGUGGCACCUCACCUGUGAAGGAGGAUGCCAACCCUGAGAUGAGCUCGCUGGCCUACUCUAACCUGGGCACAAAAGACCGCAAAGCAGUGGCCAUCCUGCACUACCCUGGGGUAGCCUCGAACGGAAGCAAGGCCAGUGGGGCUCCCACUAGUUCCUCGGGAUCGCCAUCUCCAAUAGGCUCUCCUACUGCCACCCCUCCCACUAAACCCCCACCCUUCAACCUGCACCCCGCCCCACAUCUGCUGGCCAGUAUGCAGCUGCAGAAACUUAAUAGCCAGUAUCAUGGGAUGGCCGCUGCCGCCGCCGCCGCCACUCCGGGCCAACCUGGGGAGGCAGGGCCCCUACAAAACUGGGGCUUUGGGGCUCAGGCGGGAGGGGCGGGAUCACUCUCUCCUUCUACCGGUGCCCAGAGCCCUGCUAUCAUCGACUCAGACCCCGUGGAUGAGGAGGUGCUGAUGUCGCUGGUGGUGGAACUGGGACUGGACCGAGCCAAUGAGCUUCCGGAGCUGUGGCUGGGGCAGAAUGAGUUUGACUUCACUGCGGACUUUCCAUCUGGCUGCUGAUAAUGCUCGCUCUCCCUAAAGAUGGAGGAACAAAGCCACCGAUUCUGUUGUAAAUAAAAAAUAAAAGUUACUUACAGAGA